GAGGUUGCAGUGUGUCGCCACGGAUUCCUUCUGAAAGCUCUUAAUAUGUACAGGGGGGAGAUAUUUGCCUACCCUCUGUAUCUUCAGAAGGAGCUCAUGCCAGCCAAGGCACAAUUCUUUGCAAUGGAUGUGGCUUGCAAAUAUUGGCCAUACUUGGAGAAAGCUGCUAGUGUCCUUCCUGCUCUUCAAGAUCUGACCACAAUGAAACCUUUCCUCAGUGUGAUGCAUGCUCGAGCCCAUGCUACUAAGUGUGAAAUUAAAUGGAGUGGUAGAAACCAGGAAGGAGCAGGGACAACCGCCGGUGAGGAGGUCGAGCAAGUGAACAGCUACCUCUCACGUUGUGCCCUGACAACCAAAUAUAUGUCCAAAGCAGCACGGGUAGACAUGCUUACAUUGCAUGCAAUGGGGUGGAACCACAAAAAACGUCUCUCUCUACAUCAGUCACUUUCAACAAGAUAUGUGAAGACUUGCCAGAGACUCCAGGAUGAAACAGCAAGGCUAGCUGAACUAAAAACAGAGUUACUUUGCACAGAUGAAGUGGUGGCACAGUGGCUUUCUGAUGUGAAGGAAUGGGCAGCUGGCGAGACACCAAAUACAUCUCAUAGCAGUCAAGGCACCGCACACAGAGGACUUCAGCAGUCGAUUGAGGGGCUUUACCUUAGUGUGAGGCAGCGGAAGCAAACCCUUUACCGUCAGAAUGACAGCAGCAAGCUUCGCCACCGCCUUCGAAGGAAGCUGGCAGAAGACAAAAAGCUCCUUCUUCAGGAGAUAGAGAAAUACAAUAGUCUUGUACUAGACUCUGCCACUAACAUUGAUGUAGCUGUGGUGGAGCAUUCCCUGACUGGAGAGAGCACUGUGUCUCAAAUAUGGCUGUGGGAGGUUCAUGGCAGUGCAAACAUUUUGAUCAAGAAACAACUGCAUGACCAAGUGAUGUUGACAGUGCGACUGCAAGAAGAAAAAAGCAUUUUGGUGUUGGAGAUGGCACAACACUGCACAUGGUUGCAGAGCCUGGCGGUGGUUCUGAAGAACAAGAUAGCUGAGGAGGAUGUAGACAAGGGAAAUGAGGGACUUUGCUGUCUCUUAAGAAGACGACUGUCAGAGGUGUCAGAAAGGUUGCAAGUGCUCCUCCAACAGUACAAGACUGCUUUAGGCCCUGAGGCCUCUGCCCUUCUACAUGUUGAAGCAGAAGAUCAAGGUGGCCUCAGUAGUCCAGACACCAGUGAGGAUGAAGAAGAAAACACAAUUUAGAUGGAAGCUGCACAAAGGACUGUGUUGAAGGAAAUGGCCUUGCCCAGUAUCUGUGUAUUUUUAGUAUGUUGAUUGAUUUACCACAUCAACAUCUGGAUGCAUUCUAUGUGUCUGUAGAUUGCCAAGCAAUUCAGUAAGCACAUGAAUGCUCCUUGAAGUUGCACAAACCUCUUAGUAUAGGUGCACCAAACUCAGCCAAAAAUGUUAACUUUGCACAUAUCAUAUUACCAGAUGUAAUAUCAUGACAUGAUAUUUGGGUAGUGUAUUCAUACUCCUUUAAGAGAGACUCCCCUUGAUUGCGGUGACCCUGUGACCUUUCCUUUUGUGUAAAACUCGAGGCUAAACUUUUGACUUGUAUACAACAAAUGUUAGGAACAGCUUUCUAAGUCAUUUGCUGAGCAUUCUCAAGCUUCCCAGCCAUUGAAUUCUGUCAGUUUUGUUGACCUCAUGACAUUCCCUGUAGCACAACCCUCAGACCAGAAUGUAGAGUUUGAUAUUUCUUAAAGAUGGUUAUUCGUUUAUAAUUCUUCUGUCACUGUCAGUUUUGUCCUUACAGAGUUUCGGGGGUCCUUAAAAAGUUAAACGAGUUAUAUCGAAUUUAAGGCCAUAAAAAUGUCUUAAAUGGUAUAAGACAGUCCAAAUUAUGAUUUUUUUUUUUUCAUGAUUUUUAUGAUAGCUUCAUGUGACGAUUUAACUUCAAAAGGCUGUGAUUUCAUUGAAUAAAUGAGCCCUGCAUGUUUUAAAGUCAGAUGCUGUGCUGCUUUGUGUCCUGCCGUUACCAGGGAACCCUGCUGACACAAAAUGAAUUGGCAUUGUUGUUCAGACCAAAUAAAAAAAUUAACACAAUUAAAUUAAAUCAAUAAAGUGAUAUUUUAUGUUAUUAUAUUAAUAUUGAUAAUUAUCGAUUGUUUAAAUUAAUAUGAUACUUUUGCCUCGUCUAUUUUCUUAAAAGUUGUUGAAAUGUGAAGGUUAUCAUCUUAUAAAACUGUUUUUGGGAAAAUCUUGUCUCUGAACUGUAAAUCAUGCUUUUUUUCAUUCACUCAUGGUAUUCAUUUUAUUUGUGCAGGUCUUAAAAAGCUCUUUAAAAGUCUUACAUUUGGUUUUAAAAACCCUGCAGAUACUGUACAUUACACUUACUUUAAGUACUUGUAUAAUGGAUUAGAUAGUAUGUAACAGAAAAACUGUGUUAUAAUUUUACUUUAUGUUGCAUGUUAUUAGUUGACAAAUAACUUGAUUCCCUGUUCUGCUGGUGCUUUUCAAGAGAAAUUAAGCACAUGGUCCAGUGUUAAUAAAUACAGCCUUAUGGCUUGUUUUACCGAUAUGCAUACUCAUAAUGUGGUGUAUUUUCACUGGAAAUUGAACGGCAAGAAAUAAAGUAUUUCCA